GGGGCUCUGGAGCGGGCGAGUGGGAUUGGGGGUUUCGUCUCUCUUCCUUUGCUCUGCCGCGGGACUUAGCGGCUGGGCCAGCUCGGGUUUCUCUGAGCCUUUCGGGGCUCAAACCGGGAUGUUUGGAUGCCUUUUAUUAGCCUCCCCUGUGCGUCAGGGAAAUUGAUCAUCAAUUGAUGCUUAGGACGAGUGGCCUAGAUGAAUGGACAUCUAGUAAGCUAAAAUCUUCAUGCUGACACCGAAGAAGCUAGAACAAUGGGAGUGACUAAUUUGUGGCAAAUCCUUGAGCCUGUGAAGCAACCUGUCAACUUGAGCAGUCUCAAAGGAAAAACACUGGCUGUUGAUUUAAGUCUGUGGGUUUGUGAAGCACAGACUGUUAAAAAGAUGAUUGGAGUAGUUACCAAGCCACAUCUGAGAAAUCUAUUUUUUCGAUACUCUUUCUUGACAUCAAUGGGAAUUAAACUAGUUUUUGUCAUGGAAGGAGAAGCUCCCAAGUUGAAAGCAGACACUAUGAGCAAGAGGAAUGAGAUGCGCUAUGGACCUUCAAAGAAAGUUGGAGCUGCAAGAACCGGGAGAUCUUUAUUUAAAGCAAUUUUAAAAGAGUGUCUUGAACUGCUGGAGUGUUUAGGUGUCCCUUGGGUUCAAGCAGUCGGGGAAGCAGAGGCAAUGUGUGCCUACCUGAAUGCAAAAGGACACGUUGAUGGCUGCAUUACCAAUGAUGGAGAUGUCUUCUUGUAUGGAGCUCAAACAGUUUAUAGGAACUUUGCCAUGAAUGCUAAGGAUCCAGUUCUUGACUGUUACACAAUGUCCUCUAUUAAGGAGAAGCUUGGUUGUGACAGAGAGUCUUUGAUUGGGCUAGCUGUUCUUCUGGGUUGUGAUUAUCUUCCAAAGGGCGUUCCAGGAGUUGGUAAAGAACAAGCUUUAAAGUUAAUUGAGACUUUGAGAGGUCAAAACUUAUUGCAAAGGUUUGAGCAAUGGAAAGAACAAUUCCAGUACGGUAAUAAUCCACCUUUGGUUGUUAAAAGGGUAACUCACUGUUCUGAGUGCCAUCAUCCAGGAUCUUACAAGGAACAUGAGCACAAUGGAUGUAAAUUCUGUGAAAGCACUAGAUCCUGCAAACCCAAUGACUCCAGAUACUGCUGUCCUUGUGAAUGGCAUCAGUUAGAGCGAAUGAAACAAGCAAGUGCAGUGGAGGACAAUAUCAGAAAAAAAGCUAACAGUUGUGAGGGCUUUCCAUUCUCUGAGGUUAUCCAAGAAUUUCUUGUAAACAAGAAUAAAUUGAUCAAGAUAAAAGAAUGCCAAAGGCCAAAUUUAUUGUCCUUUCAGAUCUUUGCUUCUGAGAAGAUGGAAUGGAACAAACAUUACGCUUGUAAGAAAUUGUUAGCGCUAUUGACACAUUAUGAUAUGAUGCAGAGAAAAUCUGGAAUCAUUGAUUCAAAACAACUGCAGGCAAUACGGAUAGUCAAGACACGUGUUAAAAGUGGAAUUCCUUGUUUUGAAAUUGAGUGGCAAAAGCCAGAGCAUUAUGUUGAUGCAGAAGAUGAGCCUGCGGAGUUGUUUGUAGUCACAGUAGAAGAGUCGUCUUUGUUUCAGGCUGCUUAUCCUGAUCUCGUUGCCCUUUAUCAAGUAGAAAAGUCAGACGUUAUGAAGAAGAAACAGAAAAACAGGAAAGACAGACCAAAAGAAAAGGAAUUACCGAAAGUUUAUGAUGAAGUUAGUGAUCUUCUGUCUCAAAUGAAUUUAAAAUCUAGAUGUGAAAUUCUUCCUGUGCAAGACUCCUCAUCGGAUAUAAAAACUCCUGCAGAAAAUCAGAUACACCAGAGGAGUACUGAGUCAAAAGAUCUAGUACUAGCUACAGCUUCCUGCAUAACGACUCUUCAGACACCAGCAUCAGCAGCUGCUCUUCCUCCAACUGCAUCGCCUUACUCGCUCUCACAGAGUAUGUUCGCUGACUCAUCUGUAUUGGCAGCACAACUUACUGAAAAUUCAAGGAUAUCAUCCCCUUCGUCUGUAAUAGCUGGUCUACAGCUGAGCAGUAUUGAUUGGGAAGCAACCUCCUUCAGCACUUCGUCAGCCCGUGGGGGUGAUACCCAUGAUCCAGCAGCUGAGUUAACCACAUACAUAAAAGACUCACAUGCACUGGGUCAUGAAACAGUAAGAAACAGCUCGGAAUAUUCUGAUGCUGCGCAGUCUGAUCAACAUCAUUCUGUAAUUGAUUUGAUUUCUGAUGAUGCUAUGGGUCAGAUUGAGAAGUGGUCUUUAAGUGAGCGCAUACUUAAGAAGACUUCCAUUCCAUCAAAGCCUUUGUUGUCUGAAGGUGUAAUGCAACUGGAGUCUUUGAAACAUUUUAAACAAACAAAAGAAACAUUGCAUCAUGAUAAAGAUUAUAUCUCUUCCUCAUGUCAGUUAAAUAAACUAGUGCAGGAAAGUAAAAAUGUGCUAUCAGAAGACUGUUCAAGGGAAUCCAGCGUACACAUUUAUCAACAUCAGUACAAAAAAGCUGACAGCCUGGAUGAAAUGAUGCAAAAAGACCGUAAUUUAAACAGUUCAACACCUCUAGCCCUCAGUGGUAAAACAACAGAGACUCUGCAUCCGGGGUGUGAAGUGCCUCCAGUGUCUCAAAAGCCAGCAGACAUUGUAACUGGCGGUCACAUUAAAAAAGCUUGUACUCAAACUACUUGGAAAAGUUCCUUUAAAAAGAGUGUGUGUCAGAACAGAUAUUCUUCUAGUGAAGACAGUGAUGAUGAUAAUAUGAACAAAAAACAGAUUUAUAAGCAGCAGAACAGUCAGCUGAACCCUGGUCAGUUUAAAAAACGUUUCACAAAGGAAAGGAGUGAUGCUGUUACUAGCAAAAGAACAAACAGUGACUCAGCCCUUUUAAUUAAAGAGGAGAAGAAAAAGAGCAAUUUAAAAAAAGCUGGUAAUAGUUUGUCAUUGCAAGUAUCUCCAAAACCAUCCUCUGUCGGGGAAGUUAAUUGUUUCCAAAGUCCAGAGCAACCGUUUGAGAGGUCAGGUUCUGGUCCCACGCAACGAGCGGAAAGUGCUGUUCCGGCUUUCGCAUGGGCAGACAGUCCCCUUCCGCUGUCUGAAAGACUAAAAAGAAGAAUCAACAUCAAUUAGGUUCUCCAUAAAAUUCUGAUGACAAUUAACUUUGAACCUUCUGCUCUUACAGAGUUUUCUUCUCAAAGCUUCUGCAGCGUGCUCUGUCAAUUUUAAGUAGCCAUAGUUUUGAUGAAUAAGAAGUGCUCUGAAAUACUGCAUACUGGUGCUAAAGUUCGAAACGAAAAUGGUAGCAAAAGUAACAAAUACCGCAUUAUAGGGAAGUGCCAGUUAUUCUGGACUUGAUUACGUUCUGAACUUGAUACAUAUGCAUCAGGAUAUCGUAUACAAGGGAGCAAGGGGGUUUAUUUACGAAAUGGGAAGGUUUUUUCACAGCCAAUUGUGAGGAUGUGUGCAGCUAUUAGUCCUUCUGCUUAUAAAACCAGACUUAUUAAAAUAGUGCCUGCGCUGCAGUUGGGUAUUCUUAGUCCGACAAAGUGAUACAGUUCUUUCCAGCUGAAAUUUUCCAUUCUGCUCCACUAACUUAAUUUUGCGAGUUUUAAAAUGGAUUUUCAGUUCCUGGGAUGCUGGUGGUGUUGAUUAUCUCUGAAGGACCAGAUAGAGGCACACAGCAGAUGUACCUUGCAGGGUAGCUAAAUUUGUAUCUGCCAUGCCCUAUAAUAAACUGUUCUUUGAGUGUGUGCAUCUUCCAAAAAAUGGAAUAAGCCACAUAAGGAUAUUCUGGGUUUAUAGCUGUCACAGCUAGUAUUUAAGGAAAUUUUGAUGGCUAUUUUAACCAAACAUUUGUAUUUUGGAGCGGUUUUUUUUUCCUUAAAAAUCUAUAUAAUAGAUAUAGAUAAUGCAGUCUGUAAUUAGCCAAAAUGGUAGUUUCUUGUUUUCCUCUGUGGGCAGAUGGAGAAAGUUUAUUUCCAAAUAAGAAAUGUGUUAUGGAAAGGAGCAGAAAAAAUCCAAAAUAUUGGAAACUUAUUUUCAGUUUUGAAGAUGGUCUGUCUCUUCUGGAGACUUGUAGCCACCCAUCUGAUGUGAGAGGUAUGAAUAGCUAGAAAAUUAGAAUUGCUAAGCAGAGUAAGAGUAGCAGUCACCUGGGGACCAUAAAUGGAGAGAUUCCUUAUGCAGUGGUCAGUAGCGGAGAGAUCAGACCAUUUUUUGUGGAAAAUUAUUUUUUUUUGGUUAUGUAUGAGUCUUUCCCUUGCUGCAGAUUUUUGAAUACUACGAGUUGUAAUCAAGAGUUUGAAUUUUCAUUAAUAAAAAGGCUAACGUCAUGUAAAUAACCUCACUUACGUUUGCUCACAGUGUAUGAGAAUGCUCUCUUUUUUUGAAGGAAUCAUACAAUUUCACCCACGGUGUGGGGGUUUUGUGUUUUAGGCUUUUGUUUAGAAUCAGGGGCAAGAGAGGCUUUUGGAAGGUUUUUUGUUUGUUUUCCAAAUCUGGCUGGGCCGACGGCUUUAAUGAAUGAUUCACUGAAAAUACUGUGCCAGAGUUAUGAUAAGUUCAUGUUUCAUGGAUGAUGGAAGCCAGAAAUAAGAUAUUAAGAACUGCAGAGGGGAAAAAAAAAAAAGAUACUAUGUUGCUGAUUUUUCGCUACAGAUAAAUCUGGUCUCACAGAUACAGUUCAAGCAUGAAAAGCAGAAAAAUUUCCAUUUUUUCAUUUGCACUGCAUCUUAAUUUUGUACAAGUUUUCUACCAGUACUUUAGAAGCAGCAAUAAAAGUGAAAACAACUGUAUAGGAUGCCCUCUCUCAUUGCAGCAAAUAAACACAAGAAUGUUUAUCAUUGGGGGUGACUGUUACUUGAAUUAAACUUGUUAUUUGUUACAGAAGGGAAAUUACAGUUUUUAAAGUGUUUUGAUUUCUCAUCUUUCUGCAAUUUACUCAGUAUAAGGAUUAGGGAUGAUUUUUCUUCUUUGGAAGUGUUUUUACUGUGCCAAAGCUGACUGUUUUGCAACCUCUCGCACUCGUGGAGAAAAUGUUUAAAUAAAUUGUGUGGGUGUAACAGAUAACUUUCUUCUGCGGGAAAUACUCCUACAGGGUUAUGUUAGACUGGCUGUAAGUGUAAGUGAAUGUGAUGCAUCAGCCUGAUGACCCUGACUAUAUUUUCAUUUAUCAUCUAUCCUAGUCAGCCCAAAGAGGCUG